UAGACCGGAAGACAUUGCAUCUCCCUCAAUUGACAACACUUGAUAGAUUUAACUUGUAUAAUAAAAAAAUAAAGGAAAGGAGAUAAUAGAUUCUAGAUUCUUGAUCUAGCUCUAGAUCUAAUCUUAUUUUUAUAUUUGCAACAUUUAGACCUAGUCUAGAACUAGAUCUGCAUGCCUUAAAAGUUAUCUAGUCUACAUACAAAUACGAUAAAUGGCAGAGCAAGUAAAAGUAAAGCCAUCUCAUGUCAGUCAUGAACUUCAAGUUCAACCUGAACCUCGAGUUCGAGCGAAAAUACCAAGACAGUUGUCGGAAAAAUGUGUAUUAGUAAUUUGGAUAGCUUGUUUUGGAGUUUUGAUCAUCUUAUCAUUUUUCAUAUUCGUACCAGUGGCAGUAACGAUGGAGAAUGCUGGAAACAACUGCUUUCUGUACAGUGAUUCCAGGGGUUUUGGAGAGUAUUCUGUUUGCUCCUACUGCGUUGCUUCUGCUGUGUGCUUUCUGUGUUUAUGUGGUCUGCGACUGAUUGUCUUGGUCAUAAAGAUCAUGCGAUAUUCCAGUAGCAUAUCAGAUAGGAUUUAUGAAUGUUUCAGUGUGUGGGGAGUUCAUGUGACCAUUUUCAUCUUGGACUUACUAAUGGUCAUCUUACUUUUAGUCACUGCUGCCUUAAUAUCUGCUGGUCUGGCCAGAAUUUGCGAGCUGUUUCAAGAUAAAGUUAGCUGUUCCUCUUCCUAUGGAGUUGAAUUACCAAACGGAGAAGUGGAUACAACAUUUUAUCAUGCUUUGAGGUUUUCAGAGAUUUCAGCGUGGUUCACCUUUUGUUUUUGGCUGGCAGUAGUGGGUGUUGAAGCUUACAUUGGCUGGAAGAAAGGAUCUUUUAAAGAGCUAAAAAACCGGAUUAAGAAUCUCACAGAAAAGAAACAAAGGACAAUGAAUGAUCCAAGUUUACCUAAAGGGGAGAUCCUUCCGCCAGCAAUAAAAACUCCUGAUAUGACAAAAUACUAAAAUGUCACCAUGAUUUAUAGUUUUAAAAAAAGAAAGGGAAAAAAAAUCUUUUUUUUUUAAUUGUCAUAAAUUGUGAUGUGGAAUGGAGAAUUUGUGUUCAAUUUUAUUUUUUAUUUGGUUGUUUCCUAAACAUUUCUAAAUAUCCAACCUCCUCCUCUGAAUUUAUGUACAUUUUGAACAUAAUUUCUUGUCAUUCUUCUCAUUAGAGGUGGGAAAAGAUAUGUAUAAUUGUUGUUCUGUGAUUUCUUCAACUCGACAAUAUUUUUUGUUCUGUCAAUAUUAAUAUAUAGUUAAUUCAUAUUCAAACAUCACACAUUACAAAUUAUGAUGAUAUAUAAUAGUUCUUCUGACAUUGACUUUUUAUGUCCAAAUUUACAAAUAUAACAUUUAGUUAUAAUAUUUAUUAAUUAUUAAUGUAUUAUUAAUUAUUCCUUGUAAAAUCCAAAACAGUCAUUUUUUUAUUAUGAGAAAAGUAUUUUGUAUAAUACACUGCCUACAAACAUGAUGCUUCUAUAUGCAUAGAAUCUUGCUAUGUGCCAUUGUUGACUGUUAUUCCUACAGUAAUUUUUUAGAAUCUCUGAACAUAAAGAUUUUGAAACUAAGUUUAUUUACCGAGACCCUAUUUGGAAGAAGUAGGUAAAGCAUUUAAGUGACAUAACCGUUUAAGUUUAAUUUCUCAAUGAAGGCUAGAUUUUUUUUCUCUAAGAUUUUUUUUUUUUGUACACUCAACUGUUAUGAGUAUCUAUUAUUAAUGGGAAUAAUUAAAAGUGCUUGGUCUUAGAGCUGACCACCAGGACAUCAUUAUUAAAAAUUGACCAUGGAAACAAAAAAAAACACAACUCCAUUUCGCCAUCCUCUAAGUGUCUAUAUAUUUAAUACAAUGCAUCUUUACAAUGAACUACAAAUUGUACAUAGAUUUGCUUACGACUGUACAUAUGAUUUACAAACAACACGCCUAGUCCCAGCUUGUACAAUAGUUAAAAUUUUUGUGUGUACAGUAGAAUGUAAAAUAGUUGUAAUAUUUUAUGUACAUUAGAAUUUAUAUAUAUAGAUAUAUAUUUAUCGAUGUCCAAAUUAACUUGGACUGCUUAUAAAAUUAUACAAAUGGCAAUCUACAUGCCAUUGUAUAAUUAAAAUAUUCUACAUUCCCCCGUUCAUCAAUCAUAAUCUUGGUCAGUGCAGCUACAUGGGCAUUCCAUUCAUUAUUUUUUUUUUCUCACUAACUUUUGAAGAAAAAAAAGUUAUAAGUACAAUGUGUUUGUUUUUGACAAUAUUCAUUUUGGUCUUAUGAAUAAUGUCUUGAUGUCUAUUUUUUAUCUUAAUAAAAUGUAUAUUUUACAUUGCUGCAUGUCAGAAAAUUUAUUACAGUUAAUACAGCAUGUUACCACCACUGUCUUAUAUUGUCUUGUUGACACUGGUCAAUCACUUCAUCAAGCGACACUUCCCACAAUGCUUUGAAGCUGUUAUACUAAGUGAUGCUAAAUCUUGCUGAACGAGAACUUUUUACUUGCUUUAUGCUUUGUAUAACUGAAGCAGAUUGAAUUUAUUUAUUUUUUUUUAAUAUUUGUCGCCAACUUUUAUUUGAACAUAACAAAAUAUCUGUCUUAUAAUUUUUGUUUUUGUGGAUAAUCGCUUUGUACGCGCUUUGGAGUGUCAGCACUAUGAUUUCGAGUUCAAACCCAGUCCUGCUUGAGCUAGGAUGUCAUAAUCUUCAUUGCAGUGGGACAUUCAAAACUUAUAAAACAAAAAUAAGAUUUUAUAUAACAAAAAUAAGAUUUUAAAGAUGUACACUUUGUAUUGUCAGUUUAUUUCUUUGACCUGAAGACUGACUUCAUUGCUUCAUUUUCCAUUUCAUUGAGGAAUGACAGACAUUUGACAAAUACUGUAGCUUCAAAGAGAGUUUCUUAUCAUUCUACCAUCGGUGUUGAAAAGGACUUGAUAUUUUAAAGCACUAUUAGUAGUGACAUUCGUUUCUAAUCAAAGUUGCUUCCAAAUCUGGGCAACCCUGGGCUAGAGGAAUUCUUUUCUGCAGAGAUUUAGAAUUUGUUUUGAUGUGUUCUAGUUUUACUUGAGUCCUUCACGUGUCAUUGUUUUAUUUGAAUGUCUUCAAAAGGGCUAAAAAAUAUUUUGUGAUUCUGAGGAGCAAGUGCAAUCAGGUUUAUGUCAAAUAAUUAGUCAAUAUCAGUCUUUUCUUUAUAAAAGUUGUUGGAUAGAUUUUUUAAAAUUUAUAUUAACAUUUAAAAGCUUGUGUGUACCGUUAAGAAUUUAAGCAUUGGUUGUUGUUUUUUUUUACUACAGAGAAAAGUAUUAUGAAUAGUUUACUAUAAUUUAGUAAUUAAAAAAAAAUAUUUUAUUGUAUCUUUAUUUUUUCUGAUUUAUAUACUUGAAUCGUAUGGCUUUGUCAGUGUGCAAUUUUCAACAUUAAUUUUCUAUAAUUUUUCCAAAUCAGUCAAAUAAAUCUGUUUUCUUAUUUUAUUUAUUGUCUUGAGAAUAAAACAUGCACAUUGAAAUCCUAAC